GUUGUUUGAGUUUAAACCGAUCGGCGGGCACCGGCCAUGGCUACGUCGUUCCAGCCGCCGGGGAGCCGGCUGCUCCGCACGUACGGGGCCGGGGGCGGCGGGAGGCCGCGGCGGCGGCCCGGCGAGACGGUCGUGCAUUGGUUCUCGCCGCAGGACCGGAGACGCUUCUUCAGCAGCGGCGAGUCCUCCCCGUCCGUCGCCUCCGACGACCCCGACGACCCCGACUUUCCCGGCAGCCCGGUGACCCGGCCCCGGCGCACGGUGACCGCCCGGCCGCGGCGCCCGAGGCUGCGGGCGCGGCCCCCGCAGAAGUGCAGCACCCCGUGCAGCACGCGCCACCCGCCGCUCUUCCCCAGCCCCGGCCCCAGCCCGCGCUGCUCGGGCCGAGACCCCGGCGUGUGCGGCCUGCCCGGAGGCUGUGGCGCCCUGGACGCCAGCGCCUCCCUGUUCAGCUCGCCGGCCCCGUCCGGGUCCCCGGGCUCGCCGGAUGCAGCCCCGCGCGGCCGCCGCCUCCCCGCGCCCCGCCCGUCCCGGGAAUCGGCCACGGGAGAAGACUGCGUCCUGCGGGAGACCACCUUCAGCGCCUUGGACUCAUCGGGAAACCUCGUGGACGCGAAAGGGCCGCGGCAGCGAGAGGGCCUGAAGGGCCCAAGCACAAGAAAGAGCAGAGCCGCAGAUGGCCGUGGGCCCGGAGGCUGUCAGGGACUUCAUUCACCUGGGGAAAUCGACCGCCCUGUGAGAGCUGGGCCUAGCCGGAAAAGGAAACACCAAGAAGCGGGGGAGAUCUCAGCCUUCCAUUAUCACCAGACUAAAAGCGGCCAAAAGAUGGAAAAAGAUUCGUACCCGUCCCAGAAUGUGACUCAUCUAGACAAAGCCUGCUCUUGGGCCAAAACCAGGGCCUCUUUGAAUCUCCACAAGAAGAAAGUUGUGACUGAUGUGUCAGAGGUAUGCAGCACCCACACCAUUGCCACUUCUCUCUCUGGGUCUCUCUUAUCAGAGUGUUCAAACCUUUCUAUCAUGAAUGGAACAAAUAGUGCUCUUGGAUCCUGGCUUUCCUCCUCUAUGCAUUUGCUAAGUCCCCUAAAGACUGUACACGUCCCAGACAGAAGGGCAUCUGGUGCUGAAAAGGUUUAUGGGGAAUGCAAUCAGGAAGGUCCUAUCCCCUUUAUCUCUUGCUUUCCCACAGAAAAACUGAAACACUGUGAGAAGAUUGGGGAAGGGGUGUUUGGUGAGGUGUUUCAAACAAUGGCUGGCCAGACACCUGUAGCACUAAAAAUCAUUGCCAUUGAAGGAGCAAGUUUAGUGAAUGGAUCACAUCAGAAAACCUUUGAGGAAAUCCUGCCAGAAAUUAUAAUCUCCAAAGAGUUAAGCCUCUUGUCUGAUGAGACCUGCAACCGUACAGAAGGCUUUAUUGGGCUGAACUCAGUGCACUGUGUCCAAGGGUCUUACCCUCCCUUGCUCCUCAAGGCCUGGGAUCACUAUAACUCAACCAAAGGGUCUCAGAAUGAUAGGCCUGAUAUUUUUGAGGAAAACCAACUGUUCAUUGUACUGGAAUUUGAGUUUGGUGGCAUGGACUUAGAGCAAAUGAGAACAAAGUUGGCCUCCUUUGCAACUGCAAAGAGCAUUUUACAUCAGAUCACAGCCUCCCUUGCAGUGGCAGAGACAGCUCUGCGCUUUGAGCACCGGGACCUGCACUGGGGGAAUGUGCUCUUAAAGAAAACCAACCGUAAGGAGCUCCACUACACCCUCAAUGGGGAGACAAGCACAAUCCGCACCCAUGGGCUGCAAGUCAACAUCAUUGACUACACUCUGUCCCGAGUGGAGCGGGAUGGAAUUGUGGUUUUCUGUGACAUUUCCAUGGAUGAAGAUCUAUUUAGAGGUGAAGGUGACUACCAGUUUGAGAUCUACAGGCUCAUGAGGAAGGAGAACAACAACUGCUGGGAUGCAUAUCACCCUUACAAUAAUGUGCUCUGGUUACAUUACCUCACAGACAAGAUUCUGAAGCAAAUGACCUUUAGGUCUAAAUGUAACACCCCUGCCAUGAAGCAAAUGAAGAAGAAGCUCCAACAUUUCCACAGGACAGCACUCGAUUUCAGAUCUGCCACCGACUUGCUCUGCCAGCACAGUCUGUUUCAGUAAACCAGUGUAUUUUACUGCCUUAAACAGAGGGUCCCUGAUCUUAAAGCCUCUGGUACUAUUUUUCGGUCUCCAUCCCCAGUCUCAAGGUGGAAACAAAUGUUUGUUGAAUUAACUAAGGUUGCUGUUAACAGAUAUUCUUUAAACUACCUAUAAGAACCAGUAUUUAUAACUUGUAAGUCCUCUUUCUAGUUGUCAGCAAAGUCCAUCUGUAAAUUGCAUAUUUUUGGUUUUGAGCCUUGAUCUUUUAUGUAGGCCGAGCAAACAAAAUGCAAACAAUAAUCAAGAAAGUCCAAGUGUCAGCUGGUAGGCUGAGUUGCUACUUUAGAUAUUAGGCCUCCCCUGGGAACUGGACACAGUCAACUGGGAGCACAGAGUCAGAAGCAAAGACAGGGAAAGACUAGAGGGAGAGAAAAGGAAGACAGACAGUUUGUGGAGGGAAGUGUGAGAAAUGUUUUUCAAGUUCUCUUAUCACAUAAAGCAGAAUUUCAAUUUUCAAAAGGGAAAUAAAUGUUUUCAUGG